AUGGCCAGCGAGGGCGAGGGCGAGCCCGGGCGCCGCCGGCGCUGCCCGCAGGACGCGCUGGGCGCCGCCGGGGAGCCGGAGGCGCGGGGCGAGGGGCCGCGGCGGGGCUCGCUCUGCGACCGCCGCUGCGCCGCCAUCAACGACCCGCACGGCGACCUGGGCGACCUGCCCUCGGCCUCCCACCCCCACGGCAUCCUCGCCCCCCGCAUCCUGCCCGUCGUCGCCUGCCAGCAGCACUCGGACGAGGUGCCGGCGUGCGAGAGCUGCGCGGCGAAGACCACGCUGACGGCCGAGAACGCGGUGGAGGCCAACAAGCUCUCCAACAACUACAAGUUCGGCUUCAAGAAGUGGAAGAGCCACGUGACCGCCCGGCCCUGGGAGGACCGCUCGGAGAUCGUGAAGGAGCUCUACUCCGACCUGAACGUCGUCCGCGGCUCCGGAGGCUCCACGGUGACGUUCGGCAACGUCCUCUACGCGCUGCUCUUCGGCUGGUGGCUGGCGCUCCUCUACGUCCUGGUGGCCGGCGUGAUGUUCCUCACCGUCGUGGGGGCUCCUUACGGGCGGCUCUGCUGGGACCUGGCCGGCUACUUCCUCUGGCCCUUCGGCAAAGUGAUCCAGCGGGUGGAGGGUCCCGCCGCGGAGGCCGACGGCGCCCGGGAGACCUCGGCCCUGCUCGGCGGCCCGGCGCCCGGCCGCUGGCGCCCCACGGACCCCGGGUACCGGCAAUGCGCUGCCGCCGCGUGGCUCUGCCUGGGCUACCCGGCGCUGGCGCUGGCCCACGGGCUCGUCUGCUUCGUCGCCUGGCUCCUCGUCUUCCUCAUCCCCGUCGCCAAGAUGAGCGCCCGCAUGGCCCGCCGGGUGCUGCUGCUGCCCCCGGAGCGGGUGCGCGUCCGGCGCCUGCGCAUGACGGACGUGCCGCUGGAGGCGGAGGUGAUCCUGUGCUGCUACCGCGCCGUCAACGCCUACUACUACAAGUACGCCGUGGACGGCAUCAACGUCUUUGCCGUCAACCUGCUGCCGCUGGUGGUGGUGACGCUGGUGCUGGGCUACGUGGACGGGCGCAACCGGCUGACGAGCUCGCCCGUGAAGUUCGCCCUGGCGCUGCUCUCCAUCGUGCCCCUCUCCUACUACAUCGGCAUGGCCAUCGCCAGCAUCUCGGCGCAGAGCAACUUCGCGGUGGGGGCGGUGGUGAACGCCACGUUCGGCUCCAUCACGGAGCUCACCUUCUACAUCACGGCGCUCAUCAAGGGCGCCCGCGAGGGCAACAAGUGCUACGAGGAGAUCGUCAAGGCGGCGCUGACGGGCACCCUGGUGGGCUGCGUCCUCCUGGUCCCGGGUUUGUGCAUGGUCAUAGGAGGCAUCCGGCACCAGGAGCAGAGGUUCAACAGCCGCUCGGCGGGCGUCAGCUCGGCCCUGCUCUUCCUCUCCGUGGGAGGCGUCUUCGCCCCGACGCUCUUCUCCAAGGUGUACGGGAAGCUGGUGUGCGGCGAGUGCCACAACGUCACCCAGAACCCGCUGGGCCACUACCUCUGCCAGAGCUGCCACUUCGACCUGAUGCAGAACAACGGCACGCUCUACUACAGCCACGUCCAGCCCCUGGUGUACACAGUGUCCCUGCUGCUCCCUGCCGCCUACCUCAUCGGCCUCUUCUUCACCCUGAAAACUCACUCGCACAUCUACGACAUCCACAUCAGCGACUGUCACAUGCCCGGCCACCACCACAGCGCCGUGGUCCACUGGUCUCGGUGGAGGGCACUGGUCAUCCUCCUGCUGUCCACGCUUUGCAUGUCAGCCUGCGCUGACCUGGCCACGGAGCACAUCAGCCCCAUCCUCACCAGCUCCACCAUCUCCCAGUACUUCAUCGGGGUCACCGUGCUGGCCAUGGUGCCCGAGCUGCCCGAAAUUGUCAACGGCAUCCAGUUCGCUCUGCAGAACAACCUGAGCUUGAGCAUCGAGAUCGGGAACUGCAUUGCCGUCCAGGUGUGCAUGCUGCAGAUACCCAUCCUGGUGCUCUUCACCAUCUUCUACCCCACCAAUUUCACACUUGUCUUCAAUGACCUGCACGUCUACGCCAGCAUGUUCAGUGUGGUUCUCAUGAACUACAUCUUCAUGGAUGGCAAGUGUGACUACUUCCAAGGCACUGUGCUGGUGAUGGUCUACUUCAUCCUCCUGGCUGUGUAUUUCUUUGCACCUUCACCAAGUGGCUGCUGAGGUCUGGACUCAGCUUCCUCCAAUCCUCCUGCUGGGUCGGCAUCUUGCAGGGUGCAUCUCACGUCUCAGGGAUUUGGCUGGGCUGGCUCCAGUCUGGAAGCAUUGCUCGCAACGAGUCUGCUGCUGUCGUCUCCUCCAGCUCCCCCGGUGGCACGCGACCGGGACGUCAGUGCUGGGAAAGGGUGGCAAAGGGAACACUCCUGAACCGAGGAGGAGCCUUAAUGCCAGAGCACUUCACAGAGGUAUUUCCAGCGCACGUUGCAUGUGGCUGGAAGGAAAAUGGUCCUUAGUGGAGGGUCUUGAAGGAGGUUUCUGUGCGGACUCGAGGACAGACCCUUCCCUGGGGAAGUGUUGCACCGGGAGAAGGUGCCUAAGAAGAGCCUCUUGCCCUUCCAAGCUGGGGGUGAUCCCUGCUUCUCCAGGGCCUGAACCCAGGCCUGGAAGGGACUCUGGCCCACGGGAUCACAGAAGGCUUUUGGAUGGUACUAGAAAUGCACCAAAUGUUUUCUU